AUGACGCGCGUCGCCAUGCACCUCGCGCACGCGUUCGUCAUCACCCUCGCGUGCUGCUCGCGCGUCGCUCGCGCGUAUGCGGCGUCGGACGCCGCGCUCCCCGUCGUCGGCGCGAGGGACGAGCGCGCGGCCGCGGGCGACGACGCCGCCGCGGUCUCCUCCGUCGCCUCGGGACGCGCGACCGCCUCGCGGAGUCUCGCGACGCCGACGAGGCGCGCGUCGCCGCGCGGAGGCGCGGCGGCGAGCGCGCUGGCGGACUACUUCGCGUCCGACAACGCGUCCGACGACGCGAACGACGACGCCGCGACGUCGACCGCGGCGAAGGCGGACCGCGCAGACGACGCGUCGCCGUCGUCGCACGUCGCCGACUUCGCCUUCGAACAGGAAGGAGAAGGACGCGUCUACUCCGCCGCCGAGGCGGGCGCGUCGCCGUCGCAGGCUGCCGACGCCGCCGCGCUCGCCGCGGAAUACGACGCCGCCGAGGCUGCGAUCCUCGCGUCGUACGAGGCGGCGCUGGCGGCGUGGCUCGAGCGAGAGACCGCGCUCGACGCCGCGUUCGCCGCGGCGGAAGCCGCCGUCGACGCCGCCGCGCGCGACGUCAAGACCCGCGACGCCGCGCACGAGGACGCGUACGCGAACGAGCGCGCGUGGGCGCGCUCCAACCCGGACCUGGACGCGUACGCGAAGGAGCUGUGCACGCAGACGGUGCAUCACAAGCCCGUCUACGUGCCGGGGGUGUGGUCGCCGCCGCGUCGCGCGCCGUCCGUGAAAGUUCCGGGGACGCCGCCGGUAUUGAUACCCGGCGCGCCUUCGUACUGGGAGCCCGGCCGCGCGCCGUUCUACACCCCCGGGUUCUGGACGCCGGGGAAGCCGCCGCGGUACGUCUCCGCGGUGCGCCCGACGGUCGUGCCCGCGGUGAAGGGGACGGUGAUACCCGGCGAGUUCGUGCCGCCGGCGUACACGCCGGGGUUCGUCAUCCCCGGGUGGCACGAGACGACCGCGUGCGCGCUGCCGUGCUGCCCGGCGCACGCGGUGAUUCCGCCGCCGGUGAUUCCGCCGGUGAUCGUGGAUCCGGUCGUAUCCAACGGUGUGGGAUACUGA